AUUUGCCUUUACCGUUUAGCCAAGAAGUCACUCUAUAUACCUACUAGCCGCCGACAACAGGAAGCUCGCAGGCGAAACUGUGUGCCGUUCCCCCCUCCCGCCUGUUCUUGUUUUUUCUCGUAGCAUGGAAAUAGAAGAUGGUGAUACCAUGUAUAAAGCUAAACACAACAUCUUUCAAACCUUUUCAGACUUCAUGACUAGGAUUACAAAAUUUGAUGAAUUAGCAGAAGUGGGAAGUAGAUUACUAGUUGGUUUUCAACAAGGACUCGAGUAUCUGCGGCGCCAACCAAUUGAAAAGAAUUCUGAAUUGGUCGACCGCAUUAUUAGAGAUAAUGAAACCGAGAGGCUUUCCUCCUACAUUGAAGCUGGAUGUUUGAAUGCUCAUGAUUCUGUACAAAAUAUGUCCAAGUUACAUACAUGCCACCUUGGACUUCAGGAUCACGUAAACAAAGCAAAGUGUGUAGUUGAUGAACUUGCAUGUCUUCUAAAGGAUGCGGAAGCUAUAUUGCAAUCAAUAAACUGUAGUUUGGCUCAAAGGGGGGAACUAAAUGUGGACAAUGGUACACAUUCAUUGGAAACCUGUCAUGAUGGAAUAGAAGCGCAAUCUAUUGAUCCUCUGAAACAUGAGGUCAUCGAUACUGCAACACUAAUGGCAAUAGUGUACUCCAUGGUAAAAAGUGACUACACAAUGCAGGAAAAGAUUGUUUCUUCCCUUAACCUCACUUCACCUUCUGGAGAAUUGGAGAGCUACUCCAGCAUGUGGUCUUUGCGCCCUUACAUAGACGAUGAAAUCAUGCAUAAAGCCUGGAAACUUGUCCGCUAAUUCGUUUUCUUCCUGUUUCUUAUUGGUGAAAGAUCAUCAAAUAUCUUUAUUAUAUCAGAAAAAAGCUUUACUAUAGCUUUCUUUCUGGAAAUUUGUUUGAAGCCGUAGCAAGAUGCAGUUUGGAGAUACCAAAAAAGGACAGAACAGAAAAAGUACCGAAAAUCAUAUGAGUUCGUGGGGGUGAAGAAGAUUGUGAUAUUGUAGAUUAUUAGUUAUUGGUUCAAGUAAUAUGACUGCUAUGGCACUGAAUCAAGUGGAUGUACACAUUUACUUCUUUCUUUCGGGAUUUACAUAGUGAUUUUUUCGCUUUCACUUUCAAACACCUUCUUCUAAUUAGAGUUGUUCUUUCAUAAAUGAUCACACUGAGUCAAACUUAAUAGAAUUUCAUCAAUUUUAUUUUC